AUGAAAACAAACAAUAAAGCUACUACCGUUUCAUAUUAUCAUGAUGAAGCUUACACCGAUGAAGAUCCUGAGCACGACAUUUUCGAUUAUGAUUAUGAUAUUAAACAUGACUACUUCGACGUUGCAAGAAGAGUAUACACCGGGCUCUGUACUUUCGGGUUCUUAAUCAACUUGGUACAUAUGGUGAUUCUUACCCGAAAAGAACUACGUACCAACUUGGUGUACAUCGUGAUGAUCGGAAUUUGUAUAUGCGAGCUGACUCAGUCGUUUACCACAAUUUUAAGCUAUUUCAUGACUUUGGGUAUUGUAUACAGAAUUGAGAACGUUUGCGGUUUGGCAUAUUUUCAUGUGAUGAUUGAUGUGCUGGCGACUACAUUUCAGUAUUUGAGCAGAAGAUGUGCAAGCAUACUCGGACUGUUUCUAGUAGUAUUUCGAACAUGUUCUAUUAUUUUUCCAAUGAGCAGUGCUAUCGACUUUGUGAUGCGACCUAAAAUCGGAUGCCUGCUUGUUCUAACUGUUACCAUUAUGAGCAGCGCAUACAGUUUUCUCUAUUUUUCCCGCGCAAAAAUUGUUAAAGAACGCGAGUGUUAUUUACACGAAAGAAGUACCUAUGUUUUAUACACCCAUGAAAAUAGCAACAAAGAGAUGCAAUUCCAACUAAUGGACGGAUAUAUUGCUAUGGUUGUCUGUUUUUUGUACAUUAUUGUGGCUGGUACGCUUAUCUUCCAAUUGCAAAAAGCUAAACAACGGCGGAAAAAUUUGAAGGCUGAAAAAUCUACUUCUACGUCUGGUCUGAUUUUAUUGAUGGCUACGACGGCUUUCUUUUCAGAAACUAUCUACGGAGUAUUUUACUUCUUGGACUAUUAUGUAUAUUAUGACAAGGUUUUUGAUAACUCAAUGUUCCAAUAUUUGGAUUCAUUUGUGCUGAUAUUGAUGCUCGUGAGCUCAUUCACACACUGUUUCACAUGUUUUUUGAUGUCUUCACAAUAUCGACAAACUGCUAAAAAUUUGUUUUGGCGGACAACUGAGAAAAGUAGAAAAACAAAGGACAUUACAAUAACUCAUGUACAUUCGGUAGCAAAGAACACGUCGAAUAAUUAA